CUGGACGUCUCGAUUUCUCGGCUGUUCCGCUCGUGAAUUCGGUCUUCGGGCUUUCGUCUAUCAACGGUCACGAGUACGUCGAGUGUGCGUCUUUAAUUAAGCGGCCGCUGCCACUAAUGCGGUUGUCAAAUGCGAACGAGACGAUUAGCGGAAGGACACUCACUCGCCCGUGCCACGCGGAUUCCAUCUACCUUUGCCGGUGUUUCAUCUGUCGGGUCUUUGGCACGCUUUGCUCCAAUUAAAGAGCUACAGGACCUCGAAAGAAGCGAAAUUGGGUAAAGUUUGCGGAGUUGUAGGAGGUCGUAAACUGUUAGGAGUAUGAAUUUUUUGUUACGUGUAUGUCGGUUAAAUGCGUUUAGCAAUAUCUUGGUUUAAAAAAAGUCAGAUUUUACGACGAACAUUGACAUCAUUUCGAUUCUUUUCUGCAAAAGAAUCCUGCUGAUUAUUCUGGCUUCAACAGAAGUGAUCUGAGACUAAAGAUUAAUGCAUUUUUUUUUAUUUAAUCAGAGCUGUAGUUAUCGAUUCAUCUAAUCCCGGAGGCGGAUUUUUGGAAAAGCAAUAUUUUGCAAAAUGGAAGUUGCAAAAAAACAACUUUUCACAGAAAAACAUUUUUUCGUUGACAAAUUGGAGGUUGUAAAAUAAAUAAAUGGAAAAUGGUUUUGAAAUUUGUGGAAAGCUUCCGCGAACCGAUACAGACAAUUAUGAUAUACAUUCGCGUUAAAUAUUAAAAGCUAAUCGAAUAAACCGCGCUCAAGUUAUCGUGGUUGUAAUUGGAAAAAAUACUAUUUCGUAAACAACGUGUUUAAAUGUGUUUUUAUAAUUAAUUCUUUUGCAAUUUUUUCACAUCAACAUAUUAUUAAAUGUACUUAACAGAUGUAGUAAAAGAUUCAUAUUCCUAUGAAUUCACAACUGUUUACAACUCUCCAAAUUUUUUCAAAUUGUUACUCUCGUCAAGAUCUUGUAACUGCUUAAUUUUUCAACAAUUUGCACAAUUUGGAUUCGAUUUAAACGUGAUUUAAUGAACAACACUAUCAAAUCUGUAAGAGAACGUUUUUUCCGAAACUGAGGAGUUAGUAAUUACUCCCAGCACACACUACAUUGUUCUCUCGACGUGAGCCAACGUUAACAAUAUCGCGGAAUACUUUAGUCGCAUUUUUCUUCACGCCGUCGCGACGCGAUGCGCAUUAGGGGCACGUCGAUUUCACAGAUAUCGAAAUGAAAAAUGACCCGCCGCAAAACGCUUAUUUCGUUUUCUAUCGAAAAUCCCCGCUCGCUGAGGCUUUCCGCGCCAAAAGAGAGAGUGGGAGAGAGAGGAUACUUUUGGCAAGCUCCCAACUCGGCCGUGUAACCGAUCCCGAUCGGGCGGUGCCACAUGCAAAUCCCAGGUCGCGUCGCUUCCUUGCGCGCGUUUCGCAGGAACCCCCGCAUUCAUUACUCCCGUGUCACUGGAGCCACGGAAAUGUCGUUCGCCCGGAGCGACCCGCAGAGGCCAGGAGUCGUCCUGUGCGCUCUUAUGGCACACUGCAAUUGCAGCUGCACCGUGCCCUCCUUCCCGAGACACCUACAGGCGCGCACCCGUGUCCUUUUCCCACGAUGUGCGUCUCACAUCGACAAAAAAAAAACACGAAAUAAGUAAUAUCUCAAGGCGCCACACACGAGCGUUUCUCGCAGGAGUUCUCGCGGAGCAUGCGACCCUCUCGCGUUUAUCGGAUUUAUCGAAAAAGUUAUGAUCGAUUUUUCCUAGAAAAAUUCCGCGGUGAGUCGUAGUCUGUCGCGAUUCUUUCUUCUCUAUGUAUCUAACAUUGGAGUUUUCAGUUUAAAUUUUGGUCUUCUCGUUGAGGGAACGCUUUGUUCCGUUUGCAACAACAAACAGCAAGUGUGGAAAACACUUUUGCUUCGCGUGGGCAAUUAAAUCACCCCUUUGAGUAUGCUAUGCAGUGCGCAGUAUAGUUGCGAUUAUUACUGUACGAUGUGUUGUGUAUCACUUUCCCACACAGUGUUAUAUUAUCCUUAUAGAUGCAAAUAGAAGUACGUUUUAUGACUCAACGUAUGCAGAUGCGAUAAGAUGCGUCAAUUUUAUGCAUUUCGUGAUGCACUUGAAUACACAAGCGAGGUUAUCGUUUCGAGUUUCGUAUUUAUAUUUCGAGGUUCCUCAUAAAAAUCGUUCUUUUAUGCACGAAUCACAUUAUUGCUGCUAAUUCAAGGCGAACAAUAUUCCGCAACAAAAGAGAUAAAGGGAAUGUCGGGCUUUAAAUCUCGUAAAAUAACGUCGAUCGCGAGACAUGGCUUGGUUUUCGCGGCGUCUCGUCGUCGUGGUCUAACGCGGAGAGAUUCGAUUUCGAUAAAAAGUGCUCCACAUUAGAGAAGGCUAAGGCCGCUGGAACUCGGUACAUAUUCGGAUGCACACACACAGCAGACAUCGGAAUAAUGCGGUUUGCUUUUUUUCUAAUUAUUGUUUUAUUAUUAAACCAUCACGCGCGUGUUUCCUGCAGUGUGAGCGAAUACUUGCGUCGCGAGAGCUUCGAAAAAUUGUUAUCGGGGAUAUACGACGAGCUUUUCCCAUCCUUUUUCUUCUAUGUGCAAGUUUCGUGACGCGUGGAUCGAUAAAUUACCGCGCUUUCUAGCCUCGACCGAUCGGCGAGCGUUCUUUAAUUCCACAUAUGGAACACAUCGAGAUUUAUCCUCGAUUGCCGCACGUGUGGCCUUUCCUUCGUCCCGAAGAACAGAUCUCGACGCGCGCAAUAACAAACGUUCGUAAUGAAAACUUUAGUCUUAUUUUCUUUAAAGGAGAGAUUUAUAUAGCUGAAAAAAUAGGACAUUUUUGCGAAUUUUUUCAAAAAAAUAAAUUAAAUAAAUAAAUAAAGAUAUCGAUGUAGGAUUUUGGCCAUAUAUUAUUUAUCAUUGUUUUAAAUAUAAACGGAUUACUGAAAAAGAAUUUAAAUUCUACCUAGGUUUUUCGUGCUGGGCGCAAUGUCACCGGAUGUCUCUAACUGGCGGGCCAACAUUACAGCUCGUGUAGUAAUUUGAAACAAGUAGCACAAGAAAACUUAGAAACUGCAUUAAAUUUGCUGGAGGAUGGAGCUUUGUUUUAUGCAGAAAGUUGUAAUUUAACAAAACGGUUGCACUUCAAAGUUGCAAGCCAUUUUCCUUUCAUUUCUUUUUUAUUCAGUAUCCUGAGUAAAACACUAAUUUUGGAAAUGUUCCAAAGGAUUCAAAUUGAUCCUCCAACAAAUUCAAUACAUUUUUUAAAUUGUUUCGUCCCAUUUGUUACACGAGCUGUAAUGUUAUCCGUCCAUCAGAGGCAUCUGUCUCAGCACAAAAACGGCCAAUGAAAUUUCAAUUUUUUAAUAAAAAAAUAAUUAUUUUAAAACUGUAACAAAUGAAUUAUAUCAUUAUGAUCAAGACCCUAUAUUGAUAUCUUCGCCCAGUUCAUCAAAAACAAUUCGCAAGUACCUUUAAUUUUUUCGUUUGUCUAAAGCAAGAACUCCCCCUUAAGCUUAGAGGAAAUAAUUAUCGUGCAUAAAGAUUCUGUCACAUACCAAGAUCUAUUCUAAUGCAAAGCAUCAAGAAUUUACAAAUAAAUACUUUCACGCAAAACACGGGCGUCUCCUCGGUCGUCGCGCUCUUGAAUAUUUUAUAGGGCUUAAAGUGUAUCACGGUGCGGUUUUCUGCAAAUUGUCGGAGCGGGCGGGCCGGGUAGGGGCUUCUGGAGAAAAAGGGCGGAUUAGAAAGGACGAGAAAGCCUCGAAGGAGAGAAGUCGCGUCGCGCGGGUGACAUGCGGGGCUAUCUGGGAGAGGAAGAGAGACAGAAAGAGGAAGAGAGAGAGAGUGAAGAAGAGAGAAGGGUGCUGGAAGUAGGCUGACGACGCGGCGUGGGGCGCGGACGCGCGAGAGGGUGGCGUGGAAGGGUCGCGCGCCGCGACCGCGCAUGAGGGCGAACGUCAGUCCACGUUCGAGCGGCCGCCGGUAUGGGCGCCUGGACGAAUCGGUCGAUGUCGCAUCUCGCCACCCUUCGUCUUGAGAUCUCGUCUCGUGUUAGAGGCUCGCGGUGAAAGACGACAGUGACGCAUCCUCACGUGUGUCAAGGUGAUCAGAGAAACGAGAGAGAAAGAGAGGGAUAUUGUACGCGCGCGUCAAAACGAACGAAGUGCCGGUCGUCCGACAAGAAGACCGCCGUCGUCAUCGUCGUCGUCGUCGUCGUCGUCAUUGGUGCGGAGUGCCGCGUCGAGACUCGAAAAGGACCUCCCCUCCCUCGUCCCCCGAACGAUCAAUAUUUGUUGUCAAUUUGAAUAUCGACGAGAUCCCUACCGUCGUGUACACAAUCUGUCAAAUCAAGCUGGUUGCCGAUCUCGCGCAACUUGUUAGAGUUUACGUGCGACUCGCGAAGCCUUGGUGCUGCAGAUCGACCAAUCGAUCCACGCCAUCGGAAUCCCACGUAUCGAUGCAACGAUAGAUAUUCGACCGCCACGUCGCCGAUGCUAAUCGGUAACGUGAUAAGUAUUUCGCUCUUCCCGAAGCACCUCGUCGAUAUCUUCCCGAUCACAUUGACAGUUCUUCGGUUAACUAUCGUCGGUGUUGUCCAUUGGUGUCAUCGAUGUCGCAGCAUGGCUAAUAAAUAUUGAUCGCUCGAGACCUGCCUCAAGGGUCGAGUUUGUGAUGACUGGUGAUUCCCGUCGGUGUGUACAUUCGUCUGUCGUUACAUGAGCUCGGGACGCAGCUUGUGAAAUAGAAAUCGGUUCGACGGCGACGACGACGGCUCGUAAUGCAACGAGUGGUGAUAUGCGCGAAGUUUCUUCUCCCGGCAUAAAAAACUAUCGCGAAAAGUGAACGCUUUUUGUGCGCGAGCACGCACGAAGGUGGAGGAAUAGGAAAAUGGUGAACAAGUGGGAACAACAACGAGGAGUCGCGACGAGACGAGGCAAGGCAACGCCGAAGUCGUGACCGUCGUGCGUGCUUCAGCCUAAGGUCAUGGCCAAAGGUAUCGUCAAGAACAACAACGGUGGAUGUCCUCUGCACUGGGUCGACAAUUCCGCCGGGCAGCCCAGACAUCUUCUUCGAGCGGCCGCCCUCUACUUGACAGUACUGGCCGCCUUAUGGUGUAUUCCCACAUGCCUCUAUCAUCGAAUCUCCGAGACCGGGCAGGCGGUGGUGCUGACGCUGGUGGACACUGCAGCGGCGGAGUUGCAGAGCUUGGCUGAGCCAAAGAUCAACCGGGAGUUGUCUUCGAGGUCAUCCACGAAGAACUCUUCUCUGCUGAGCGGCGGUGUCGGGCAGCCUGAGCUGAAGGAGACAUUACCUACGACGCAGAUCCCACCGCCACCAACCGUCGACGACACGACGGAGUCGCCAAACAUCACCGAUGUCGAGCAGGACGAGGUACUCCUCCUGAAAAAGAUCUCCGAGGAGACGCCGGAAGUCGUGGUGAUCGUCAGAGCUGAGCAAAAGAUCAACGUGAACGACUUGGAACUGAGGGUAGAAGAUGAGGUCGGCCAUGUCAUGUCCGAUGAGAUGCCCAGGGUUGACGACACGUUCACCACGGCGUCAGAAUUGAACGACACGGCAGCCCGGGCGCAAUUGGUCGGCGGUAGCAGGGACGAGACCGCAGCAGUUAUACUGGACGGCCUCGUUUCCUCAGGUCCUACCGAUCCGCAUGAGGAUAUACCUUCCUUCAGCGAAUGGGCACAGAAGCGUUUGGAAGAGGCAGAAAAGAAGAAGACUCAUCCAAAUGCCUCCGUGCAGACACCAGGUGGCCCAGGACGAAGUGUGAGCGGCAUGAAAGUACGUUCCAAGAACUACGCCUCGCCCGACUGCGGUGCCAAGAUCGUGGCGGUGAAUCCUGAAGCCAGUGGUGCCAAAAACGUUCUGGUGUCCACCAGAGACGAAUAUAUGCUGAACGCAUGUACGUCGCGCGUUUGGUUCGUGGUCGAGCUCUGCGAGGCGAUCCAGGCGAAAAAGAUCGAACUGGCGAACUUUGAGCUCUUCAGCUCGUCGCCGAAGGACUUCUCCGUUUAUGUGAGCGACCGCUUUCCCACCAGAGACUGGAGUCCGGUCGGUCAGUUCACGGCUAAGGAUGUGAAGGAUGUUCAGAGCUUCGCGCUACAUCCUCAUUUCUUCGGUAAAUUCAUCAAAGUUGAGCUGCAAUCGCAUUAUGGAUCCGAGCACUUCUGUCCCGUCUCGUUGUUUCGCGCUUACGGUACCAGCGAGUUCGAAGUGUUGGAAACCGAGACGGAAGAUCAGAUUCUGCAAGAAGCAAACACAAACGAGGACGACGACGAAGACAGCGACGAAGAGGAGCCGUUGGAUAGCGAGGACGGCGAUCCGUCAAGAAAUCUUUUUGGCAGCGCGCGAGAUGCCGUGCUGAGUAUCGUGAAGAAGGCCGCGGAGGUUCUGGUCAAGUCCAGUGAUCUUACCGGGAACAACAUCACGGAGAUUCAGCAUAGCAUCGACGGAGAUAACAUCCUAGACAACUCGUAUACGAGUUGCAUGACACCCAGGUACACGAUUCUCUGCGGCAACUGCACUGAUCAGCAGUUUGCCAGUGUUUUUCAAUUGGUAAGCUGCAGAGACCGCCAGCUGGAUGGUUUACUGAAGAUCGAUCUGGUGAACAGAACUUUGAGAGACAGCAAGCUUUGCGGCCUUCACGGCAUAGAAAUCGACUCGUUUUGCCAGAAGGAAGAGGGAAGGUUCGCAGAGAGCCAGCGUGACAACGCGACGCGAUUUGAUUUGGCGCAGGAUCUCCAAACGAACUUUUUAGCAUCCGUCUUUAAGCCCGAGUAUAUUGUGGCGUUGUGCAACGUCCUAGCGACGAAGGAGCGCAAGAUGGUGAUGAACACGAGCUAUGAGAUCUCCGUGAAUACUUCUGAGAAUGUCGUCAAAGAGGACGUUUUGUCCAUCAAGGACACCGAUCAGAACAACGAAGUCGUCUCGCAUCAUCAAGUAACCGCCACGUGCACUCUAGAUUCGAAUUCUCCCGUGUGUAAAACUGCACCCUCCAGGGAGAACCGACGGCGCGCUACGCAAGAUGUCAACGAGGAAACCGAGAACAUCAGCACGACAACCAUAGAGACUUCCACCAGUACGGAGAGCUUGGCUUCGCAGAUCAAGCCCACAAAAACGCUCAGCAAGGAGGACUUGCGUAAGGAAUCGUCCAUGCCGAUCCUGGAACCUAGCAAGGAACCCACGGAAGAGACGUUGCAGGCAGAGUCGCUGACGACUGUUGCCCCGUCAUUGAACUUACCGACACCGACUUUAAAGAUUGCCGAGGACCUGCCACCAAUCACGGGUACUUCUGUCGAGAUGGUGUCGCAGACCGUGACCAACGUUUCGCCCGUGAAUAUCGACAGUCAAGAAACCGCCGGCGACUCCUUCAUACUUGAUAUGGAGAGCGCCGAGAUGGGUGUGCAAGUUAAAAUGGAGAAAUCGGAGAGUGCCGAGCAAGACGGGAAACAGACGAAGGAUUUGAGUGAGCAAGAAGUUAAAUUGUCGUCACAGGAUCAUCUCACGUUGGAUACAUUGUUUUCCGAUUUGAAGGACUUUGAAGGCGACACGGCUAACAUACAGAACGGAGCAUCCAGCGCAUCGUCAAUUACUCAACCCACAGCGAACACGGCACCUCAAAAAGAGUCCGUUUUUCUCAGAUUGUCCAAUAGAAUAAAGGCUUUAGAAAGAAACAUGUCGCUCAGCGGGCAAUACCUAGAAGAAUUGAGUCGUCGUUACAAAAAACAAGUCGAAGAAAUGCAGCGCUCGUUCGAGCGCGCGGUGUCCGCGAUGAGCGAGGAGUCCCGAAAGGGUGAGGAACGCGAGGCGAAGAGAGUGGAGGAGAUCGCCAUUUUGAGGGAGGAAAUCGCUGUACUCUCGAAGUCGGUUCAAACCCUCCUUUACGACCAAAACAGCUGGCAGAGUCGGAUAACGGCGAUCGGCCAACACGCUUUGCUCAUAUGGUUCGAGGUCGUGGUCAUUACUCUGUUUCUCUCUUAUUGUCGUAGAACAAGUGAUUUCGAGGAGGAGGAAAGAAUCCAACUGAAAGACGCGAAGACGGAAGGCACACGACGUAAGAGCGCGGAAAAUUUCGGUUCUCACGACGCGGCGAAGAAGACAAAGAAGCGACGGUCUAGCGAAAUUGCUUCCCACAUCAACACGUAUCAUGAGCUGAUGAUCAACGAACGAUGCCAUGAGACGAAGAAAGAGCGUAAAAAGAAACGCAAGAAGGAGACAGUCGCCGGCGGAACUAGAAUAGCUGCUAAUGUUGACGCGAGGCCGGAAGCGAUUCGCCACAAGAGCGUAUUAAACGCGAUUCCUGGUGGUACGACGUUACCGUCGAGAAGAGCGUCUUCCAUUGAUUCUCCAUGCUCCAAGGAAUCGCACGAUACGUCUGGCAGAAGGCCAGAAUCCGCGCCUGAGAUCAUCAGCGGUUGGCUCGACGAUCAAACUGAGAGAAUAGAACGGACCACACAGCCUGUGCGUCUUAGGAUAGAGCCGCACCGUAACGGAAGUUCUGAUCUCAGUCAUCAUGCCGAUGAGCUCAGCGAAUCGAAUUCAUCGUCAGGGGCUGUAGAUCAGUCCCUCGAAGGGUCGGUCACGAGCGAGCGAAGGAUUGAUGUGUUGAAAAACAGCUCGUUCAGGACCAGCGGUAUCCUCAAGAACGCCAAGCUGAGUUCACCCUCUUUCAUGAAGACUGCCUUGGGUACAAGAAGUAAACGGAGACUUUUAUCGAACAGCGAAAAGUGGGAUUGGAACCAAGACUCGGAACAUUCGAACAGCAUAUCUAUCCCAUCCACACCAACGGGCCCGUUGCUGCGGACCAACGACAGCGCGAACGGCAGUGCCGCACGCGGCUUGAUAGAGGAGAGCGACGAGUCAAGGAGCAGCAGCGCGACACGCACAUCUAAUAAGAAAGAGAAGAAAAGCACCGGCCUGAGGAAAAUGCAGGAAACUCUCGGAGUUAGAAGGUCAAGCACAAAGCGGUAAGCCGAAGAAAAGUCGGGGGAAUAAACGUAGGCGCAAUACUCGCGCUCGGUGAAAUCAAAAGCGGACGAAUGGAGCUGAUAAGAACUUCUCAUGAACCGCAGUUACGAUGUAAGAUCGAAGGCAACGUGUAAUUUGAAGAAGAUGGAACUGUUAUUUUGCAGAAAAAUUGCAUUUGUCUUGGGAUCCGUUUUUGUUUUCCUGUAUUGCCAACUGAAAAUCAUUUACACAAAAAUGCCAAAUGCUGUAAAUCAAGACAGAAGCUAAUUCGCGCGGCCAUCAAGUUUGGGAAACCAAUCCGGUCAUGUCUAUCAUUAUGUAGAAGAUUAGAAAUGAUAUUGUGCUUCUCAUAGCCGAUAUGUUCCUCUCUCUUCCCAGUGUUCAUUCUUGAUAUUUCAAUAGUAUCGUGCAGAUCUGUAGAUGUUAAUUAGUCUCAUACACACAGUUCCAUGCGUAGAAAAGGAGAGAUAGAUUAGUCCUUGGUAAUGGAAAGGACAAUAUGAUAGUGAAUGCAAACUAAGACUGCGAAAAUUCUUAUAAGUGUCGCACAGCGAUAUUUACGACAAUGCGCGUGUAUGAUGAAAUGUGUCGUUAUCACAACUACGUUUCACUUGUCAUUAACAAAAAUACCACCCGUGAUAUCGGUUUGACGUAUGAAUGAAAUGCAGAUUUUGCCACGGAGAGUACUACGAUGUGUUAAUUAUAAGCGUGAAAUUACGGUUUAGGAGAUUAUACCACUGUUGCGAAGAACAAGAUUAUUUAUAAAAAUGUAGACUAAUUUAUGUGUAGAGUGUAUGUUAUAUGUAUAUAAAAUUGUAAGAGAGAGAGAUAUCAAUCUUGUUCAACGCAACAGUAGUGACUACAAUGAUCUAAAGAACGUUUCUACGUUUUUUUAGGUCAUCCGGAUUAUCUAAUUUUUACCUAUUAACCAUCGCCAAAGAGAAAGAGAGGGAGAGAGAGAAUGAAUGAGUGAGAUGUCGUGAGUGAAGUCUUAGAACAUCAGUAGUAGCUGUUGUAGUCAAACCCAUUAUACAGUAUAGUCCAAGUACGAUCCAUUCGCGACUUUAGUAGCUAAUUGAAUCCAUCGUCGGUAGCGGAUGCGAAUAUGCAAAUCUAGAAAGACCUCUACAGAGUGCUUCGAUUCCUUCGCUAGUAGCAUCCGAUUCACUCGACAUUCUUACGGUCUUUACAUUGUAGCAAUAAUUAUGAUGCAAGAGAGAGAGAGAGAGAGAGAGAGAGAGAGAGAGAGAGGGUAGAAGAAACGUUUAGUUAACUAAUUUUAUUUAAUUAUCGUAAAUUAUGUAGCGCGAAGGAAUCGACCAUGCGAAAAGAAGUUUCCUCCUCCCGUCUUCCGUGUGCGGGAAGAGUGAAUAAUUAAAAUCCGAUUUCAUGUGCUUGAAGAAUCGUUUCUGAAUUCGUAAUUACUACUUCAAUUUCUAAUAUUCGGAGUGUUGGCAUGGUACUUUACAAAGAACACAUCAAACUUCCAAUGAAGUGUGUUUUACAUAUUGACAUACUAUGUAUGUACUUGCGUGUAUAAUAUUUGGUUCAAAGCGUCUGGUCCCAUUGCUAUGAAACUCUGGAAUAACGUCAGAUGCGAAAACACGCGUGACAAAAAUUCUUGCAUGCCAUUUUCAAAUAAUAAAAUAUUUGUAUAAAAGAAUAUUUGAGAUCACAUGAGCAUAUUUGUAAAAUGCUUUGAAAAAUAUCUUUUUCCUAAUAAUUUUGCCACGUUGAUUUUAAGGCUAUUUAGUGACUGUCAAGGGAAAUAGGCAGUUUUCGGAAAAUUCUACAAGUAUGCUCAAGCAAUCACAAGUGUUCUUUCAUACAGAUAAUUUUUUUAUUUGAAAAUAGCACACAGAAAUUUUUGCUAUAUGUUUUCUCGCUUCUGACAUAAAUCCAGAGUUGCGCAACAGUAAGAUCAAGAAUCUUAAAAUCUUGGUUUGUACCUUGCUUGUCUUCAUGCUAAUCCCUCGAUCUAUACGAAGUGUGCAAGUAUCAUGUUUUACGGAGUACGCCUUAGAUCUAAGUCAAUAUUUAUAAAAGAAAUCGAAGGUUCGGCAACAAGAAUUAGAUAAAUUUAGUAUGCCUAAUGAAUAAAUUACUCGCUGUUUUCAACAUGUAACGUAACGUUAAAUCGUCGUGGUCUCAGUUUGGCUGCAACAAACAAUUAUGUUGUACACAUGCCUAAGUAACAGUAGCUUUCUUUUGCCAAAAUGUAUUUUGAUUGUAAAAAAGACAACGUUUUUCGUUAUCUAUUUCUUUGGCGGAACGUACGAGAGAACUUGAUGAAAUGUUUAAAUAUCUUUGUUUUCCUUCACUUUCGUGGAGCAAAUAACCGUAGCGUUUUAUUUUUUCAAGCUUUUUCUCAACGUGGACUUUUGAUUAUCGCACCAUCGAAAUGUUUCCUUUUUCGAUGUAAUAACUAUACUGAACAUUUGCCGCGAAGAUAUUCCGAAGAUUAACAACGAUCGUGCCAGCAUUUUGUAUUUGAUAAAAGAAUGCGCUGUGAUAAACCCUCCUGAAAUUUGCUACAUACAGCAAAACGGAAAUGAAUAGGGAGAAUUACGGAGAAGAGAAAAGUAAAAGGAUACAGAGUACGGACGAGGAAGCAGAAAAUGAAAAGGAGGAGUAAACAUUCAGAAUGACUUAAACUUUGAUAGAAGACGUGUCCUAUUACUUAACGUGCAUUUAAAGACUAUAUAUAAUAGUUGAAGAUGUAUGCAUAUGAUAUAUGUAUAUAUAUAUAUCACAUAUGCUUAAAUAUAGCUCGAGCUUUUUUUCGAGCAUCUCGUAAAUAUAUUUUCUAGGCUUUAAGUCAUUGUUACGCGCAUAUCGUUAAACUAGUGAUUAUUUAUACGUAAUGUGAUGAGUACUAAAUUUUAUCAGAAUUACCAUGCUUUCAAGUGGAAUCGUCAUUGCCAUUGAUCAUAAUCCUAACGAAGUGAUUUUUGUAUAGCUUUUGUGGAGCGAUGCAGAUCACAAUUAACGAAAAAACGAAGCUCAUUUGCCAAAUUCAUUCUUACAUUUAGCAACAAUAUUUAUUCUUUCUCUAAUUUAAAAGAAUAAACCUCGUAAUUUAAUUAUAAAUGAUAUUAUUUAUUUGUAAUUUGUUAACAGAGAGAAAUGUACACUCUCUUAUUAGAAUAAUAUUUAUAAGAGAACAUACUAUUAAAUUUAAUAUUAAUUUUUCAUAAAAAAGAAGACAUGCAAAUCAAGUGUAAUGUUUUAGGAUAAUCUAAAAUAUUGAAUACGUUCGUUUUUAUGUUAAGAUUAAUAAAAUUAUUGAUCUGAUAGAAUCUAGGAUCAAAUAUGUAAUCAAAUAUCGUGCAUUCGUACACACGAAGGAAAUUUCUCUCUCAUAAUUCGAAUAUAAUAAUGUCGCAAAGCGAUCGAGGUAAACGAGCUACGUUAUUUUCGUACGACUUCUGCUAGUCUGUAACCGCAAGACACAAUGUUGUUUGUAUCAUAAAUUUAAUUUUUUGUAGAAAGUAAUCCGGGGCGAAUAUGCGAUAUUUUAGUCUUUAUGAGUAUUCGAGUGAUUAGAAAUUAAAUAUCACGCAUGUUCGAACGGAUUUCUUUAAAUAGAUAUGUACAGGAAACUGUAAAUAUAUCGUAGAGCAAGUGAAGUGAUGAUCAGUAUCGCGAGACACGAUAAUAUCCCUAAUUAUACAUGCAUAAAACAUUAUUCCAUGUGGAGCUGUUCGCGAAUAUUAGAUGCCGUUGUCAUAAUGGAACUGCAACAUCACGAUGAAACGAGGACAUUAUUUUAGCGAUACAAAGGAAGCAUAUUCAUUAAAUAGGCACACUUAUUUAUUAAAGAUCUUUGCUCCCUCUAAUUUUUCUAUGUUUUUAAGAAUCCGCAACAAGGAGAGUCGUAUUCCAUUACGAAUCGUUGCCAUUAUGAACAUUAGGAUAUGUUGAAUAUUAGCCAAUGUUGAGCAAAAUGUAUUAACGAAUAUCGAACAACAUAUUUUAAAUAUAUAUAUGUGUUAUAUUUCAUAAUGUUUAUUCGCACUAUCACACACACAUAUAUUUAUAUAUUGUACAUUCAAUAUCGUUAUUCGUCAUUCGUUUAUACAUUUUAACCCCGUGAAAGUAAGGUCUUGAUAUUAAAUAAUAAUAAUAGAUAAUGAAUAUUCAUUCGCUCAAAUCCCAUUUGUUUACGUCAUAUUAUUUUUUUUUUAUUUAUUAAGUUGUAUGUAUCUAUGUUAUAGAGUGAAAAUUGUUAAUUUUUUUACUUGUAUGUUUAUAAAUAUUUAUUUUUCUUUUGCUAUAGACGAAUGUUCUCCCUCCCUUGCAGUUUCGAGAUAAAACUACAAUAUAUUUGAAUGGAUAUUCGAAUGAGUAUCUUCGGAUAAUCAUCGAAAUUUUAUAUUAGAAUGAGUAUAAGAGAGAAUUAUAAAAGUAUGUGUGUGGCUGGAGAAAGAGAGUAUACUUAAGAUUGUUUGCGCCUAUUGUUGAAUGUUUAGUCAAUUAUUGUAACGAUUGUUACUUAUGCGCCUGAAUUUUAACCAUCGCUUGUAAUUACAUUUACGUUUGUAAAUAUAUGAAAGUAAUGCACGUUGCGCAUAUAAUGAAUUGAUGAAAAAAUAAAGUUGCCAAAAGACUCAUCAUAUAAUAUACACCAUA